GUCGCACACUAACACGCAUAUUCAUUGAUGGAAGGUGAAUCAGUGGUGUAAAUGGUUCAAAUUUUGCUUUUUGGUGGAGAGAAGAACCUGAUGCUUUCUUUUUGAUGUGUGAGUGGGUGGUGCUGCUGUUUGCUGGUUCUAAUCCUCUUCUUCUCCUUCUUCUUAGUUUUUGUUCUUCAUCUUCUCUCUUUAUAUUCUUUCUCAUUUUUCCCAAAUGACCCAGAAAGAAAAGCUCAUAAGAUAAGAUGGGUUUGAGCAAAGAUGGUUGGAGUUAUCUGAUGGUGAUGAUGAUCAUCUCUCACCAAGUAUGCUUUUAAUCAGAUAAGUGGGGGCAUUUUGUUUGAAAUUCUAGAGAGAGAAAGGGGAAGGGGGGCAGUACUAGUGUGUUGUUAUAUAUGCUGAAGGCCAAGUGUAAAGGGGCAGUUGUUGAGAAGGAGAGUUCUUGUGACUGUUUAAACAGCACAAGAAGACAUAAGACUAUUAGCAGCAGAUGAUAUCCAUUGAUGGUCAUCCACCACCAGAUCCUUCAUCAUCUCAUCAUCAUCAUCAUCAUCAAGAACAACAACAAAUCUCUCAUGAUCAUCUCAAGAUCAAGAUCAACAGUGAUGAUUAUAAAGCUUCUGUUUCUGUUUCUGAUUUAGAUCUGAAGUCACCAGAUGCUGCUGAUGAUCUUGAUGACACCCACAACAACCCACUUCCAAAUUUCUCUAUAAGGGAUCAUGUUUUCAGUUUAAGAAGCAAAGAUGUUGCUUGUAAUUGGCCUUUUUCUCCAAAAAGUUUGCAAAUUUGCUUGAGAAAUGGAGUGAAGAACUUGUUGCCACCUUUCCAGCCUCUUGUUUUACUGAGGGAUAACAACAGAUGCAAUCUUGAAAACCAUUUGGCAUCAAAUGAAGAUGUCGUAAGCGGGUUUGAUGGGAAACGCGUGGAAGAUCGAUCCAAACCGGUCACUUGUGAUGCUGCGAAAUCGAUCUGCGAGCUAACCGUGAGGUCUGUAAGCACGAAUUCAAGUGGUUCGAAAGAAAAUUACAAGGAAUCCAACACGAGAUCGAAGGAAAAACCUCCGGCUUCUUGUUCUUCUCAGAAAAAGAGUAGAUUGGUUUUGAAAUUGAAUUCUGGGGUGGAACCGGUUGAUCAGUUAGAGAUUCCUCCAAACAGUUUCGUCAUUUCUGAAACCAUGGCGUCGAAAGUUUGCCCGGUUUGUAAGAUUUUCUCUUCGUCUUCAAACACAACGUUAAACGCUCAUAUCGACCAGUGUUUAACCGGGGAGGCGAGUAUGAAGUGGACCGACAAUCCGAAGGUUAUAGUCAAACAUAGGAUCAAACCUAGGAAAACAAGAUUAAUGUCGGAUAUAUACGAAACAGCUCCACGUUGUACUGUCGAGGAGCUCGAUAGAAGAAACGGUACAAGCUGGGCUACUAAUUCUAGUUUUCCCGCUCAAGAAUUCCAGUUUCAAGAGGAGAAAGAAGAGCCGAGAUUAACGACUACCAUCAAUCCUGAAGUUGCUGAUAACGAAGGUGAUGUUUAUAUCGACACCGAUGGCACAAAAGUUCGGAUUUUGUCGGUCCCAAAAGCGGGUUCAUCGGAUAAUAAUGGAGCUCGGAAGUUACUGAAAGGUGUAAAAGGGUGUAAAAUCGUUAUAGGUAAGAAGAAAAGCAAUUUUUUUAAGGCGAAACAUCACCAGAAGUUUCUGAAACUUGGCUUGAAUGCCGGAAAAUUAUGCUCGCCAAAGCCCUCGAAAUCUCGUUGUCCUUCUGAGAUUGUUGAACAGAUAAGAAGCAGUGAGAAAGAAGAUGUUACCAUGGCGGAAGAUUGCCGGAAAGAGGAAGGAGGCAGAGAGCCGAUGAAAGCUCCGGCGGGUUUGGCCAUCAUAAGACCGCCGUGGGCGUGCUCGAAGAGAACCGGUCUCGGAAAGAAGUUCAGCGGCAAGCAGCGGAAGAUGGAAUUACGAAAAGAUUUUCUUGUUGAAAGUGAGAAAUCUUCUUCCGGAUGUGAUUUCAGAACUCCAAUUUCAUCUAAUAAGAUGGAUUCUUCACAAAUUCGGAAGAAAACGAGAACUUCAUUGCCGUUAACAAAGCCAAGUUUGAAGCUUUUGAGGCAAGAAGACGAUGAUUCUUCGGGUUCUCGAGAUUCAUAUCCAUCCCAACACUCUGAUGGUCCUGAAAUCAGACCUAUGAUGAACACGAAGUUUUCAUCUUUGAGAAAGAAUCUAUCUUUUUCGGCAUCCAAGACUAGUUUAAAACGGAAAUUUUCCGCUUUCAAGAAAUCCCAUGUUGUUCGUUGCUUACCGAACGAAAAAUCAGUUGACGGGUCGUCUCAGAAUUCUCCAAAAGGUCAAUCUAAAACGGAAGACGACGACACAGGUGCUAGAAAGGAGAGAUCAAUUACUUCCAAGAGUUCAAAUGGAGAUCAAUCUUCUGUGGGAAUUGAAACCACCAUCGAGGAUGCUUUACGGGAUGUAGAAUCCGUUAGAAACGAGAAUCAACCCGAUGGCGAUCAAGUUUGUGCUGUUCCAGCCUCGAGAAUGAUCGAUGACGAUAGAAAUCUAAUGGAUUUGAGCAAUUCUUUUGAUCCUGAGUUCUCGAAACUGGUCAGUGAUGAUAAGCUAUAUCCGGAUCAGAUAUGUUCGACUAAUCGAGCUCCAGACGGGAAAAAUAUAUUCGGAAAUGAUAUCGAAGAUGGCACAGAGGAUAUCGAAAAGAAUCAAGAUUACUUUCAGGAGGUUGACCCUAUUCCGAUUCCUGGACCACCGGGAUCAUUCUUGCCUAGUCCCGGUGGAGAUAUGGUUUCCGAUGAGAUUCAACCAAUUAGGGUUCCGCCAAGUGAAAACCCGCAUAAUCUCGAUACGAUCGAUCGAGAUUCCAUGUCGAAUUCUCCGGUUUCAACAGUUUCUAAUCCUAGUAUGGCAAGAUCAGAUUCAAGAUCUUCAGAAAAGUUAUCUUACAGAUCUAGUUCUGUUCAAGAUGAUCAAAGGCCAGGUUUUUCAAGUGUUAUGAUUGAACCCACUUUCAAGAAAUCUUUUCCUAACAGUGGCGGGGCCGGAGGCGGGGGCGAUUGGAGACCCGUUGAUCAUAUCGAAAAGGGUCCUUCUCCGACCAGUUUCAAGAACGACCAGCCGUGCUGUUGCUCGAGAAAAGAGACCGUUUCAUCGUAUUCAGUUGCUUCACACUAUCAAGAUUCGUCUUCUUUAAGGAAACAACAAUCGAUCGAGCCAUCCAGAAGCCCAAACGGUUUAAACUUCAGAUCCGAAUCGAUGUUCUUGCUAAACAACUACCCGAAUUCACAACCACCCGACACCAUGGUAUUUCCAACGAUCACCAAGAAGUUGUCGUCGGCUGCCGGCUUACCCGUUAAGCUGCCGAUUUACAGCGAUUGCGAUUCGGCCGUUAGUCCUUCGAAACCCGUUCUUCGAUUGAUGGGAAAAAACUUAACCGUCGUCAAGACCGAUGACGAUGUAUCGUCAUCAUCUUCACAACAGUUUCGACCUCAGAUGAAUCAACUGGUUCAUAGUUCUUUCUCCCAUGGCUACCCUCACCGGCCGGUGAUCUUUAGCCAGUACCAGAAUGGGUCUGAAUCUAACCAUUUCAAUGGCCAACCACCGGUCAAUAUGAGAAGCUUCAUGGCGGAUCGUUAUUGUCACGCUGUUCCAAAUAUGGGACCGAUGGUACCUCCCGCGAGGUCCUACAAUGGCUAUAAUGGAGUCCAUUCACAAACGCCACGUGGCAGAAAUCUGUAUAAUGCUGCUGCAUCCAGCUCGAACCCCAUUAAAGAAAUCAUCAUCAUUGAUGAUUCCCCUGAAAAUGAGGCUGAUGAUUCUACGCGAAAUGAUCAAUUCUUGAGAAGAAAUCAGUUUUACACAAUGAACCAAUCACAGGGUUCCGAUUACCAUCCGUACGGUGGCGGUCCGGCGGUGUUUCGUGCCGGUGGUUUUCAAACUUCUUCAGGCAUGAUGCAUAUGGGAUCAUCAUCACCAUCACCAUCGAAUUCGACAUCCCAUUUGCGAUCUUCGACUGCAUACUAUCCUCCGAGUUAUCCAUGACGACGGAUGGAUGGAUCGAUCGAAUCUAUGCUUAAUUACAGAUGAGUUUUUUGGUUUCUUAUUUCUCUUUAAUUUCUAGAUUUCUAGAGUUUUAAGAACCUUUUCGGGGAGCUCCAAAUAAUAAGCGAAGUAAUUAAAACACUAUUUCAUGCUUCAUAUCUCUCGAAAUCAAGAAUCCAAAAAGACUCCAUUUUUAAGC